AACAGCCAAAUCACAAGCGGCAACAAUCUGUCAAGUUCAUGGCAACAGCCAUCUGCCAAUUCAAUGCCCCCACUGUAGUUAGCAGCACUGCUUCUUCUUUUACGUCUCCAACAAUAGCUAGCUAGUUAUAUACAGUAGUAUCCACAAUACAACAUGGACUUUACUUCGACUCCAGAUCGCCCAGCGGUUGCCGCCGUGGUUUCGGGUAGUGCACCCAUCGUUAGCAUGAGCUAUCAAGAGGAUGGCUCUAGACUAUUUGUCGCCAGUGAAUCGGACAACACACUGCGUGUCAUUGACUGCUUGACUGGAAAACCCAGUGAGGCAGUGGCAGUGCCAUUGCGAUGUGACAGAGAGAGACUUCAUUUUGUUACUACCACCCACCACCCCAAUUGUGUCUUGUUUGCGGGCAAGGGAUCUCCGACACAACCACUGGGACAACGCAAUGCCAUCAACUAUUGGUCCAUUCAUGAUAACAAAAUAUUGCGGAAAUUUCGAGGACACACCGAUACGGUGUCAAGUAUUAGUGUCAGUCCAGCCGAUGACAAAUUCUUGACGUCCUCCAAAGAUCGUACCAUACGGCUAUGGAAUGUCGAAGAAGCGGGCAGUAUGGCACAAUUGCAAUUGCCAGCGUCCGCCACGGGAACUCCUCGAGCUGUCUUUGAUUCGACCGGACUCGUCUUUGCCGUUUCGGCUGGUAUCGCGGGAGGAAAGGGGCAGUAUGUCCAUCUCUACGAUGCCCGCCAAUAUGGAGCGGGUGGAUUUGCCGAACUAACGGUCAGUCCAGAAGGAAUGCAACAAGCCAUUACGAGCCAUAUUGGUGCAGCUGGAGUCGAGUAUAGCCCGACGGCAGCUUGGACCUCGCUGCAAUUCAACGCCUCGGGAAACCAACUAUUGGCCGGAACCAGUGAAGGAUUGGCCAUUGUGUUGGAUGGAUUUGAGGCUACCGUGCAACGAGUCGUUGCUCCCACGUUCAAGUCGUCUGCAGGUGCUGUGUGUUGUUUUACAUCGGAUGACAAGACAGUCUUGAUGGGGAAUCCGGAUGGAAGUAUUUCCUGUUUCCAUGUGGAUACGGGGGCCAUCGUCAAAACUCUUACCGGACACUCUGGACCCAUUUCUGCCGUUGCUACCAAUCCCAAAUAUGCACAAUUCGCUUCCGCUUGUUCGAGUACGGCGUUGUGGUCGUGGUGAUCGAUGGAUGCCCGACAUCUGGAUCAAAAUGAUAAUAUUGACCGUUACAACAAUUGCUGGGAUGUGGAGUAGACAGACUGCAUGGAGCCCUCUUUCUGCGUUCCUGCUGGAUGCAAUUCGAUCUCUCGAUCUCAACCAGUGGAUCAACCCAGUGGCUGCUUGCCUGCCAAACGUUCCGGGGUGGAUCUGAACUGUUGGAUCCUUCGUGCAAACUGCAAGAUUAUGCUUUCCAGUAGCUAGUUUUCAAAGACUGCAUACAUGUAAACAAAAUUAUUUAAUAAAAUAGUGCAAAUGGACCCUUUUCUGUGUG